AUGCCUCUAUAUCUCCCUGUUGCUUUUGCGUUGUUGCAGGCGUCUAACCAUGGUUCACCUGUUGCUCCACCUGGUUUCGAAAAUGCCAACGUUGCUGCUGCUCCUGGUUAUGGUUACGCCACUGGAGAAGAACUCAGGGGUAUAAGGGUUGAUGGUCAGCCUCUUGCUGCAGAGGUUAAUGCCAGAGCUACCAGGGCUCCGGCGCGUCAUCCAGCUCCUUUUAUUGAUAGACAAGAGGACAUGUUCACAAUGAUGGGAGAGGACGAUGGUGAUGUUGCUAGAAUGGAAGAUAGAGAUCGUAAGGGAGUGUUCAUGGACCGAAUGGGGAGUUGCCCAUUCGGAAGCUUCUCUGAUGUGGUAAUCUGUGGUGAAAGGACCGAGAGUUUGAUCAAAGCUGGAAAGAUCAACGAUGCGGGUUCCUCUUCAUCAAAGAAACCUUUCUCUGGGGCACCUCGCCGUAGAGAAGGUGAAGCCAGCGCUGUUCAGCAUCGCCGGGGGCCGAAUAGAAAUCAGCAUCAAUAUAGACAGGUUGCUGCAGUGACCAUCCCUGCACCGCAACAACGUCCACCUCCUCAACAACCAAGACAACAACAACAACAGCAACAACGUCCUUAUCAGCUGAGGCAGAGGCUGCAACCGGAUAGAAGGUUUGACCCGCUACCUAUGUCAUAUGCUGAGCUUCUACCUGAGUUGCUCAGAUUGGGUUUCGUGGAGUUGAGAACUAUGGCUCCACCGACUGUCUUGCCACCUGGGUAUGAUGCAAAUGUCCGGUGCGAUUUCCAUUCAGGGGCACCCGGGCAUAACAUAGAGAAGUGUCGGGCUUUCCAGCACAAAGUCCAAGAUUUGAUCGAUUCUAAGACGAUCGAUUUCUCCCCUGUGCCGAAUGUUGUAAAUAAUCCUAUGCCUGCGCAUGGUGCUCAUAGGGUAAACUGUGUUGAAGGGGUUGAAUCUGAAGAGCUGGUUGCCAAUGUUGAAGAGAUUCAGACUCCUUUGCUGGUAGUUAAAGACCGUCUGCUGAAUAGUGGAGUUCAUCCGGGCUGUGAUAGAGACUGUUUGGGCUGUGAAGAGUCAGAGGAUGGGUGUGAAUUACUGAGGGCUGGUAUCCAGGGUUUGAUGGAUCAGGGCCGUGUUCAGUUUGGUAGGGCUGAUAACAGAGAUCAAGGGGCAGUGUCUACUGUCACUAUCUUCUUCAAGCCAGCUGAAGGGCGUGCGCCUACAACCAGUGGUAAUCCAGUUACCAUCUCCACGCCAGUUUCCACCAAUAUUCCUACAACCAUCGUCGCUCCGGUUAGAAGGGCCGAGAAUAACAAUGCUGUGCCUUGGAGGUACGACAAUGCCUACCGAAGCAACAGGAGGGCUGAGAACAGGGUCAAGCCUUCAAAUCAAGCGCCUGUGACGAUUUUUGCACCUGCUAGUAAAGCUCCGGUCGUUGUGAGUCCUGCUGUGGACAAUGAGAUUUCUGUCAAUCAACUUGAAGGUGUAAUUGCUAACGUGACUACCCGACACGGUGUAUGGUUCACAGAUUUUGAUUUGACACCUGAGGGGCGGAACCACAACAAGGCCUUGCACAUCACCAUGGAAUGCAAGGGGGCUGUGCUGUCACAUGUCUUGGUGGACACCGGAUCUUCGUUGAACGUGCUGCCUAAGCAAAUAUUGAAGAAGAUACCGAUUGAAGGGGUUGUGCUGACGCCGAGUGACCUGGUUGUGCGUGCAUUCGAUGGAUCCAAGCGCUCUGUCUUCGGUGAAAUCACUUUGCCUAUAAGGAUAGGUGUUAUUGAGGAACUGUUGCAGGAGAAAUCGCGAAGAACUUGGCUAAACCGCAACUGUCAUCACCUUGUUCAUCCAUGGCAUCUUGAAGUUUCUACAUCAUCAAGCUGUGUCGAGCUAAACUUCUACUUGCAUUCAUCUUCCACAACACCAUAG